UGCGGCGCCGCCAGGGUCCAAGGGUCGAAGGCGGCAGGUCGGGCGGCCCGGGCCCGGAUACCCUGGCCGGGACCCCUGGCUCAGACCCCCUGGUCCGGACCCCCUGACCAGAACCCCCUGGCCCGGACCCCCCGGCCGGGCCCGUCGCCGCGCACAGCCGUCAUGUCCAGGGCCGGAGGGCCCGGGACACCAACGAGGGUCGGAGUCGCCGGCUUCGGCCGGCUCGGCCAGUAUCUGGUCCAGCGACUGCUCUCCGAGGGGCCCGCACUGGGCCUCGAGCUGGUCUUCGUAUGGAACCGGGACCCCCGCCGGCUGGGAGGGGCCGUGCCCCCCGCCCUGCAGCUCCUCGACCUGGCAACCUUUGCGGAGAGGUGUCCUCAUCUAGUAGUUGAGGUGGCGCAUCCCCAUGUUGCGAGAGACUUCGGGCCCCAGAUACUGAACAGCAGUGACCUCAUGGUGGGGUCUCCCUCAGCCUUCGCGGAUCAGGAUACGGAGCGAAGCCUGCGUGAGGCCUCCAGGCGCGGGGGCCACACAGUGUUUGUCCCCCGGGGUGCGUUGUGGGGGGCGGAAGACAUCCGGAGGCUGGACCAGGCUGGGGGGCUGCAGAGCCUGCGGGUUACAAUGGCGACGCAUCCGGACGGUUUCCGGUUGGAGGGCCCCUUGGCGGCCCGUCUGGCAGGGCUGGGAAAAGAGGAGGGCGAGGGGGCCGGAGAUGGGCUGGGACGCCGGUGGGUGCUGUACGAGGGCCCGGUCCGCGGCCUGUGCCCCUCCGCCCCCCGCAACUCCAACACCAUGGCCGCAGCCUGCCUGUCCGCUCCCGGGCUGGGAUUCGACCGGGUCAUCGGGCGGCUGGUGGCCGAUACCAGCCUCGUCGACCAGCACGUGGUGGAGGUGGAAGUAACCGGCCCCCCGGGCCCCGGCGGCCGCAGCUUCUCCGUUCGGACGCGGAGGGAGAACCCGGCUGACCCCGGGGCCGUCACCGGCUCGGCCACGCUGGGCGCCUUCUGGACCAGCCUCCUUGUCUGCUGUGGCCGCAGCCCGGAGCCCGGAGUCCAGCUCUGUUAGUGGAUUGGAAAGUCAGCCAAGACACCUCCUGUGGAGAAGAGACGAGAGACAACUUUGCCCGAUCGCCGUUCGGCCCUCCCUUCUGCCUCAGUUCUUCUUUUCUUUCUGAUCUUCCCCCCUUCUCCUUCCUUACCAACACCGCCUCCCACCCCCGGCCCUUUUCCUUUAAUUGAGUAAAUUUUGACUUCUGGAACCUGUUGGCCCCUUCCCACACCACA